AUGGGUGACAAUGGGACUUAUCGAAACGACGAAUUUGAAGGCGGUGGUGAAGAGCAUGUCUUCUCAUCUGAGGAUGAGAGGAGUGAAUCCAAAUCUGAUGAUUGCACCGAUGAUACGCGAGACGAUGAUGAUCUUGCUGACCAGGAGCAACUUGCAGACUCUGAUUACGAUGAAGAGGAUACGGAUAUCGAGUCUGACAUCAGUGACAGUGAAGAUGCUCAAAGCCAAGAAAAUACGUCCAAGUAUUCCAAGAGUGGCAUCAAGAACUAUGCCAAGUUCCGCCUAUUGAGCGUUGAUAGGCGCUGGGGCCGAAAUAUCAAGUUUAUUUUAAUGAUGUUUGAUUGGAUUCAGAAAUCAUCCAUAUUUGCUUAUCAGAGACGCCUGGCUCGAUUUUUCACGGGCGGCAGAUUGACUCGGGCUGAGGAUGUGUUGGACCGUUCAGUCGGCUUUGAAGGCCUGAAGUACAAGAGCGCUCUGUUUCAGAAAUUUUCCGCGCUUUUCGACGAGUUUGGUAGUCCUCAGUUGUUUGGAACCUUCUGUUGCGAUGAUAAGAGUGCUGGUCAGGUUGCUGUUGCUAGCCAUUUUGGUGGUCCGGACGCCAACACGCAUGAUGAUCCUGUUUUGUUCACAAUGCACUGGAAGAGGCAGUGGUUGCGAUUUUGGACAUUUGUCACGAGCACUCGAAAGGGCCGGGAAGGCUGGGCUAUGAGAAAAACUGGUGGUAUCCGAGCAUGGUGCUGGGUAUUUGAACUUCAGGAUCGUGGUACACCACACACGCACUUUUACGAGGAAGGUCGUUACGUUUUGCCAAGAGCAGAAGGAGAGGAGCGCGUCAAUGGAUACAACAUGGACCUUCUUCGUUUUGGUCGAGUGAACAUGGACUUACAGUACAAUGAAGGAGACAGAGCCAAGUACUACAUGUGUAAGUAUGUCACCGAGCAAGCUGGUCCCAAGCAAGUGACUAUUGUCACUGAUAAGGAUAAAAUUGAUGCCUCAGCUGCGGGGAUGUCUUCGAGCAACGAGGAUCGGUCUUCGAGCAACGAGGAUCGGUCUUCCAAGGAGUACAUUACCCAUUUUCAUUACCGAAGUGUUGGUGUGGUCGAGGCUGUGAUGGACAUUUGCGGGAGCCAAGAAGGAGGACCGGAUUUUGAUGGCAUGACUUAUCGUGAGUUCUUCAAAUUUUUCCGAUUCGGGAAAAGGAAGGCUGGGCCUAAUUACUCUUUGGCUCUGGAGGUCCUGGGACGUGACAGGAUAGAAGAGCUAGCAGAGGACCUGUUGGUGGUGUUGGACCAUGGCAAUGUUUAUGAAAACCCGGUUAUCGAGCCUGCCGCUAACUUGCCAAAAGACAUCGAAUGGACGGAAGACCAGAGGAAUGUUCUUGACAUGGUGAGAUGUCGUCUUCAAUCUCGACAAGAUUGUUUGAUCUUGGUGACAGGAGCUGCGGGCACUGGGAAGUCUACGGUUCUUGAGGAGAUUCACAGGAUCGCCAAGAAUGAACGAUUUGAGCCAUUACGUCUCGCUCCAUCUGGUGAAGCAGCAAAUGUCGAUUCAGGCGUGCCUUUUGGAGGCUUUCCGGUGAUUUUGUUUGGUGACUUUGGUCAGCUGGGGCCAGUUAACAAAUCAUUGGCCUCCACAGACUGGGUCUGGAACUCGGAAGUUUAUCAGAGCUUUGAACGUGUAGAUCUCAUUCAACCUUGCCGACAGUCUGGAGAUGUAGAGUUCAAGUCAAUGCUUGAUGAUAUCAGACGCGGGGAAGUCACUGUCGAGCAAGGGUACUAUCUUCAUGAUGGUCAAGAGAAGAACGCGCCUUCUCCAUCGUUGCCGUUGCCGCCAAACCCAUCGGGGUCGAAUCUAGAGUCCAACGAGGAUCUGGGUAUCAUUGAUGACGAGCGAUUGGAAGGAUGGAAGGUCAGAGACAACGCGCAAUUAGAUGAUGUGCGGAACGAUGUUGUUUCAGAAGAGGACGCUCGAUUGAAAGGAUGGGAUGUCGGAACCAGCUCAAAGUUUGAUGAAGCGAGGAACGAGGUUAUUUCGGCAGACAAGACGACUCCCAAGAAUGGUGCUUUUAGAGAGGACAUGUUCAAUUUCCGAUCCAAAAAACGGACAUAUUCUGACAGCAGCAAUGCAUGA